GUCCUGAACUGAUUGGGUUUAUGAACUGGAGUGGGCAAAUAUCAACAUUACUCACCAGCCACAGCCAAGUCCAAAAUCACCUGUCAAGAGUAAAGUAAAGAAGGACAGUGGAAAUCGCCCAAGUCAACUCAGAUGGUUUCUAACGUUCUCCAAAAACUUAUUGUUUCAAACGACAUGAAAAGCCUUUGAAUCAGAAAGCUACGAUCUUCGUUCACCAACGGUAAUGACAACAAUGUCAAAUUCUCCUCAAUUCUUCUCUCGCUUCAAGAAAACCUCCCAAUCCCUAAAAGCUAGCCUUCAUCCGUGGUCCCUUUUCCUAGAUCUCACCUCUCUCAACCUCCCAUCCUCCAUUCCCGACUCCACUACUCGCAUAACUCAGAACUUCACUCAUUUUCGCACUAAUUACUCGAUAAUUGUCUUGCUCGUCCUCUUCUUCAGUCUCCUCUAUCAUCCUCUCUCCCUAAUCGCCUUCUUUUUCACGCUCGUCGCUUGGGUCUUUCUCUACUUCUCUCGCGAGGAGCCGCUCAGCGUUUUCGGUUACCAGGUGAAUGAUUUGCUGGUUCUAGUUGCGCUUUUUGCGGUUACGCUUUUGGUGUUGGUUUGGAGUGGCGUUUGGCUUAAUGUAGUGGUUUCGGUUGGAAUCGGUGUGGUUUUGGUGUUUUUACACGCGUUGCUGAGGAGCACGAAUGAUCUUGUGGCGGAUGAUAUGGAAACGUCAUCGUAUGUGAACCUGCUUUCUGAUGAUGAUAGCCCAAGAGGGGGCUUGUAGCGGUACUUUAUCUUUUCUUCUUCUUGGAAAAGAUUCCUGCUUUUCUUUAAUAGGAUUUACAAACAUAAUUGCUGUGUGUGUGAACGUCUUUGAGAUCUCCUAACUUUGCUGAUUCCUGUUUUUGAAUUUCUUGAUAAAAGAAUUGAGUUAGUAGUAGUAAGAAAUUACAAGAGAAUUCAAUGGAUAGCAAGGAAUUGAUGCUAUAGUUUUGUAAUGUUAGGAAAUUGUUAUGAUACAGGAAUUUGCAUCUUUCUAAUAUCAUUCAUCAGAAUUUGUUUUCUUU